GUCUCGGAACGAACGUGGCUUUACACUGCGGCGGACUGUUUCAGUGGUUGCCCUCGGUGUCACACGCUCAGUAACAUCGCUCCUCUUUUUGGCUCCUAUUGUCCCUCCUUGUGCACAGCGCGCAAUCAACAUUGCCGAAAGUUGCUUUGCCAAGGAGUGAUUUUGUGCAAAAGACAUUGUGUUGUCAAUAAUGUGUCCGUGGCAGGAGUGAGAGUUGCGAUAGCUCAUCUGCUUCAAUAGUGACAUACAUAGUAGCAUACAACCAGAGUGUGCAAUCUCCUUCCAUUGAUUCUAAAAGUAUAUAAAGUAUGAAAUGAACCCUCUCUCUUAUUUGCCAUAGCAUGUGUUCCCAGAUGAAAAUUAUUUUUUUUCCUUGCCUAAAAGACUAAAUGAACACACCCUCGGCCAUUUCAUUCUCAAUUGAGGCGCAAGUUGGUGUAGAAAACAAAAAAGACAGUACACUAAAAUACGCUUUGGUAAAUUGAGACAGUGCUGUGUUUGGGUGCAACAGCCGAUCGCCGCGUGAGUGUCUAACUACCCAGAGAAGUGCUUUCUUUUUUUGGAGUGUUGUUAUUGCUGUUGUGAAACAAUGGCUGCCAACAAUAUUGUGUGUGAAUGGCUAAAGGCACUCGGUCUUGCCCAGUACGCCGAGGGUUUCCUCGACAAUGGCUACGACGACCUGGAGAUCUGCAAGCAAAUCGGCGACCCAGACUUGGAUGCAAUUGGGGUCCAUACAACGGAUCACCGUCACAAGCUACUCAAAUCAAUACGACAGCUGCGGGAGAAGGGUGCAACGAAUCUGUAUUUUGUGCUCAGUGAGCCAAAUGGACUGUCUGGCAGUAGGGAGAUCCUCGAGGGCAGGGACACCCCACCACCCAAUGACAUUGCAUCCCUCGUUCGCGAGCAGCUGAAUGCUGACUCAAUCCGAUUGACUUCACAUCCAUAUUCCACACCGGAUGGUGGUCGAGGUCAUUUGGAGGGAUUGGCAUCUGUGUACUGUGAACUCCUUGUGGCACCCUUCGAGGAAGUCCUGAAUGCCUUGGAGAAUGAGAGGGUGGCCGCAUGGGCGAACAUCAGUCCUCGGCGGAAUAGCAUGAAGCGUGGCCACCAGGGUAGUCCUGGCCAGAGUGGUUUACCCAAUAGCCACAGUCAGCCCAUCUAUGUGCCUGGGAAAUACUCUCCCUCGAGUUGUCUCUCGGAUAAGGAAGAGGAUGAAAUUUAUGGGUUCGGAUAUGGUGUCUAUGCUCAAAAAAUGGCACGGCGACCACUCAAUUCUCACAACAAUUCACCCCAACACCAACUCCAAGCACCACAGCCCAUUUACGGUACCAGCACACCCACACCCCUCAAUUCUGCAGCCCAACUCUAUUGUGAUAUACCUCCAUCAGAAAAUUCUGAUAAAAAGAAAAAAAUGACCCUUGGUCGACUCCUCAAAGGACUGAAAACGGUAAAAAGGCGGGAAAAGGCCACACUGCAGAAUGGUACCAUUCAUCAACUUCGGAAUCCCAGUACGGAUCGAAUGCGACAAUUUCAAUUGAACGGACGGACACAUUUGGGCUUUGAGCAAACAAUACAGCGGCUCAAAGUGGAGGAUGCCCUGAGGAAGAGGGAAAAGUACCAGCGAGAGCAUGAAGAGAUUCUGCGCGACAUCCAACGAGGGCUUCAGCAAAUGAGCAGAAACGGCCAUCCAGACUCCACGUAUAUGUACGACGACGCUGCAAGAGGCGCCUUCGUUGGAGCACAUCCAUCACUUGCGACGCGACUCCCACGGCAAUGGUACGAGGAACCCCUCUAUGCCAAUGAUACGGAUGAUUUUCUCAUGGCGCGCCGUGCAGAAGCAGGAACGUUGGAGCACAUGCAGGAUGAUCAGUUCUUCAGCCCACAGUCAGCGGAUGAGGCUGGUGUCAUAUCCCUGAGGUCAGCCGGUGAUAUUUCUCUACCACACCGGAAUGGCCAUUCUCGCCGAUACAACCGCCAGCCCGGAGCCGUGACGAGAUUGCGUGAACGUGAGAACGGUGACUAUUCCAGUUCCGUGUCCGACAUUCAAAGUGUCACGUCCAGGCUGAGUUCUGUUUCGAUUGGCACGGGAAGCAAUUAUAUAAAUCGAUUUGAGGAAUCCCUAUCCCUCACCCCGAGCCCCUCGUCGGACUAUGAGGAUGAAAUGGUGGAUCCACGGAUGUGCGGGGCUGUGGGACGCUUGAAGAAAAUGUCAAUGCCACAGAAAUCGGGGACGGUGAGUCAGCGAGCGGUGAUUCAUCAAAUCCAGCCGCAGAAGCCCCAAAUGGGCAAUGAUAUCUUUAUGUUUAACACAAAGAGAGGCUCAGUUAACACUAGUACCGCCAAAGACAAUGCCAAAUUCGUCAGUCAUGUUGCACAGCGACACAAUGCCACCCUCAUGGAUUCCCAGGGCUUCUCUCGUGAUUCUGCCUUUGCGUGCUCCGCAAGUUCAGCCGAGAGCCUGCCCAGUGCAUCGGGUAGUAGCACAAAAGCCCUUGUUCAUCCAACGAGUCCCCUGCGCUUUGGGCAAUCCACCGCUGCAUCCGUGGAGCAACCACAUUGCUCCUUUGCCGAGGCAUCGUGCAAUGGGAAGACGCUCAAAGAGUGCAUUUCGGACUCCCUGGAGAAUGAUGCAGCAAAAUUCAGGGCUGUGGAACUCAUCAACGAGUCAAUCCCCUUCAGGUAGCAAUUUGCAAUGACCCUCCGCUGACGUCUAGUGAUUUAAUUGAUGUUGAUUUACAAAACAUCCCUCCGGCUACCUUGGUUCUCGCCUCAUCCUUCUUUGUGACAACCACACACACCACACCCCGGCUGUGUGGCUCUAUAUAUAAAUUUAAUCUGUUAGCAAAUCGCUCUGCCAAAGUAAAUGUAAUUUUUAAUAAAUUUGUUAAAGUAUUUCGUUAAAUAAAUUUGUUAAAACGUUUAAUAAAAUAACACA